UUAGUCCUCCAACCAUAUUCUCAUACCCGUUAUCAAAAGAAACUUUCCGCCAUCUUUUUUGUCCAACUCCAGUGGAGUGGAGCGCAGCUCUUACUUUCCCCUACUUUUAAAUUCCACCAAUCUCCGGCAAAAUGUCGACGGGAAUGAGCAAAUGCAACAAGCUCCGACGCAUAAUCAGAAUCCGUCAAAUGCUACAACGCUGGCACAAGAAGGCUCACCUCAAGGCCUCACCGCUUGCGCCGUCGGACGUCCCAGCGGGACACGUCGCCGUCUGCGUCGGCAGCAGCUGCAGGAGGUUCAUCGUGCGCGCUACCUACUUGAACCACCCCAUCUUCAAGAAGCUUCUGGUGCAGGCCGAGGAGGAGUACGGCUUCGCCAACCAACCAGGACCUCUGGCCAUCCCAUGCGACGAGUCGUUCUUCGAAGAGGUUCUUCAGAUGCUCUCCAGGUCGGACUCUGGUAGAUCCGGGAGGUUCUUGAGCCUGGAGGAUCUCCAGAGACCCUGCCAUGUUGAUACUUUGAACAAGCUUCAAGUUCUGGAUGAAUCCUGGCCUUUGCUCCACGGGAAGGCUGAUAAAUCAGUGUGUUAGGUCCAUGUUUCAGUCGAGGGUUAAGCUAAAAGAGACUAUAUAUUCAGCUGGGUUUCUGAGUUGCAAGAAGUUCUAACAUUUUUGGUUUAACAAUAGUGUUGUAGUAUUCUUUUGGGUCUAUUAUUAGAGCUUUCCUAAGAGGAGAA